UUUUAGUUUUGAUGAGAUCAGAAGCUUUUUCUAUGUCAAUUUUCUCCAAGGCCCGUGUGUGAAAACUAGUAAACAGGAUCAAGGAAACAUCUGCCCAAUUUUUGUGCUGAAUCAAAACUUUCGAUCCCAUGCUGGGAUUUUAAAGUUAGCUCACAGUGUCAUCAAACUUAUCUACCAUUUCUUUCCAUACUCAAUUGAUAAGGUUAAUCCAGAGUUCAGUCUUAUUGAUGGAGAUGCUCCCAUACUGCUGGAGUCUGCAUCUGGUGAUGAAGAUGUUGUCAUGAAAAUCUUUCAGGACAAUAAAAAUGAUGGCAGGAAUACUGUCAUUUUUGGAGCUGAACAAGUUAUUAUUGUACGAGAUGAAAGUGUGAGAAAUGAAAUGCCAAGCCAUGUAAAAGGACAUGCACUUGUGCUCACGGUAUUUGAGUGCAAAGGCUUGGAGUUUAAGGACGUUCUCUUGUACAACUUCUUUUCAUCAUCACCUAUUAGAGAACAUUGGAGUGUAAUAUAUAAAUAUAUGCAAGAGAAGAACCUUGGCUCAUCAUUUCCACAUUUUCCAAAGUUCAAUCAUGCAAAACAUAGUGGUUUGUGCCAUGAAUUGAAGCAACUAUAUGUGGCCGUCACCCGAGCAAAGGAAAGAUUAUGGAUCUGUGAGAGCCAUGGUAGUCAUGCAGAACCUAUGGCUAAUUACUGGAAAAAAUUGAAUCUGGUCCGAAUUAGACAGUUUGACAAUUCAUUAGCUCAGGAAAUAAUAUUUCCCAGCUCUAAGGAGGAAUGGAAAUCGCAAGGUUUCAAGUUUCUCGAAGUAAGUAACUAUGAGACAGCGGCAGUCUGCUUUGGGCGAGCUGGAGAUACUUACUGGGAAAAAUACGCCCGUGCUACUGGCCUUAAAACAACCGCUGCUCAUAUGCGUGGCUUGAGUUCUGAAGCAGUCAAAAUGCUUACAGAAGCUGCUGAAAUCUUUCAAAGCCUAGAUAACAACAAAGAGGCCGCUAAGUGCUUCUAUGAUGCAGGCAAUUAUGAAAGAGCAGGUGAUAUAUAUCUGCAGCACUUUCAAAGUUCUGAGCUUGAAAAGGCUUGUCAUUGCUAUACCUUGGCCGGUUUUCAUGCACGUGCUGCGGAGAUCUAUGCUGAAAAUUACCUCUACAGAGAAUGUUUGCAUGCAUGUAAUACAGGAAAAUUGUUUAACUUAGGAUUGCAGUACGUACAAAGCUGGAAACAGCUGGCUCUUGAGGAGGGAAGCAUAGACUUGAUAACAUUUGAGCAAGAAUUCCUGAAGAGUUGUGCUCAUGCUUCCUAUAAGAAAAAAGACAAGAAAAAAAUGAUGAAGUAUGUUAAGAAAUUUAGCUCUCUUGAUUCAAUGAGGACCUUCUUAUGGAAUCAAGGGUGUUAUGAGGAGGGAAUUGACAUAGAGAUAGAAAUGGGCGAUAUUCAAGAGGGUCUAAGAAUCGCAAGAAAAGUAGGAUUAUUUUUACGUGAGGCAGAUUUAUUAGAAAAGGCUCAGAAUUAUGAGGAUGCUUCUAGGCUCUAUAUUUGGUACGUGUUUGGUAAAUGUUGUUGGGCAUCUGGUGGAAAAAAUUGGCUCGAAAGAGAUCUUUUGUUGAAAGAGGAAUUGUUGUCCAGAGCUGAAGCUUCUGCUCUCAAUGCUUCAGCUGAUUUUCACAAACAAAUUCAUACAGAAGUUCUGCUUUUGUCAACUCAAAGUACUGGGUUGUCUGAACUGGAGAAGCAGUUAGAAGUCUCCCAAAAAAGCGGGAAUUUGAAAUGGGAGGUCAUAUGUACUAGAAAAAUUCUUGAAAUCCUUCUUCAGACUCAGACUUCACCAUUUAAAUGGGAAUCUGACUCGCGAGAAAUGAUCUCAGGUGGCCAGGUCUCAGUUGAAAAACUGAUAUACUUUUGGUCAUCCUGGAAAGAGAAGAUUUUGACAACCUUGGAACACCUAAAGAGUUUACCAGCACAUGAUAAUCACUGGGACUUCUGUCUACAUUAUUUUGGCGUGCGAAAGCAUCCAAACACUGGUUACUUUAUGCUCUAUCCUGAUGCUGAAUGGGUGUCGAAAUAUCCGAAAAAGAAUAAUCAAAGACUUGGCACAGAACAUUUGGUGACUUCUAUUCGACAUUACUGGUGUUCAGAGUUACUCUCAGUUGGCUGUAAUAUGCUGGAGUAUCUGAAUAUCUUUCAGAAGUUUUCUGCUGAUUCGAUGCCUAUGAUUUGCAAAAGUAGGAUUGUUGAUCAUAUUUUUGAAUGUACCCUUUUUUUGAUGGAGUCGGAUUAUUUAAGGCAAUGGGGUCAAGUGUCAACUGCUCGAAUGUAUUAUGCGACAAAAUGGUAUGCUGCUGCUGUGUUUACCACUGAAUGGUACAACCUUAUCCUACAUGAUCAAGUAAAGAACCGAAGCUCCAUCAUCACACGAAAACUGAGGGCAAAACUAGAUCAUUAUUUGCCUAAUAUGUGAAAGAUUUGAAUUCCAAUCUUUGUUGAGUAAUGUCAGCUAAUUGCAUUGUUUGCUUGAGUUGCUAAAUUAUGUUUGCUAGCCUGGUGUCAAGUAAAUAUCUGAAAUAGCAGACAUUAAUCUAGCUGAAGUUAUUGAUAACACUUUCAUCUUGUCUUAUAUCUUUUAACUCAGGGAAGUGGAUUACCAUUUGUUAGGAUUAGUGUGGAGAUAGAUAAAUACAUGGAGACAUAAGGAGAUUGCAUAGAAGCUGCCUUAUUGUUAAGGUUCGACCAAACUUGUGAAAAGUUCGGUCGAACCCGGUUUUAAGUCAGUAGCUGAACAGAGUUCGGUCGAACCUCCCUGCUCCCUAUUUCGUCGCUUCGUUUUCGGCUUGUGCGAUUUGCUUUAAUCUUAGCCGUUGGAUUGUAUUUUCUACCUAGACUAUAUAUACCUUUUCUAAGCCUCUUUGUUGAUUAUUCACAAACAUUUAAACACAUAGAGAGGUUUUGAGAGGGUUUGUGAGGAGCAUUUGAAUUCUAUACAAUUCAUGCUUGUAAUUCUUGAGUUCAUUCAUCAUCAAUAUUACUCCAUAGUGCAAGGGUGGGUUUUUUCUCCCGGUUCUCGGGUUUUCCCACAGUAACAUUGUCUUCCUUUUACUUGCUUUAAUUCCUUCAAAGUUGUUCUUGAUUGUUAUGCUUGUUUGUUCAUUGCUAUUGUGGGUUGAUUGCAAGUUAGUUGAACACUUUAAUCCUUACACCAUUAACUUCCAUCUUAUGUUAAUAUAUAAUACCCUUUACUGCAUGAGUCCUAUACUCUUUGUGCUACCCUGCCGACUGCCGUGCCCAACUUUGUCAAAUACCUCUUUUUUACAAUAGGAAGAGAAGCUCUAGUUUCCUUAGUUUUGCUCUAUGUUGCCAACCUCAUUCUCAAAUCCAUUACAAAAAAUCAAUGUGAAAAAUAAACUUAAGUGCAAAAAAAAAAAAAAAAAAAAAGUGUUAAGAAAAUUAUUUUACACCCUUUCCGGUAAGAUUGAUUUAGCUUUUGAUUUUUUAUUACAUUAAUUUCUUAUACGAAGUAUUUCGUAACUUUUAAAUUUUAUGAAGAAUUACUUCUUACACACCUAAUUAUUUGUGUGUUUAAGUUAGCGUGUAUCACAAUCCACACCCUUGACGUGUUCCUGUAAUAUAAAGAAAAUGUUGAUUUACUUACGAAAAUGUCAUAUUGACUGAUAUGUUUCUAUUUACAGAAAUGUCACCAAAUAAACAAUUUUUGUUCAUCACGAUGAUUAACUGGGGCUCCCUCUUAUUUCCACCUAUCUAUUUACGGAAUUCACUUGCAUCGUCUAAAUAUUUUGU